AUGGCUCAAGCUCCGUCGGCCGACCCGAGAGAACGCGCCAUCUCGUCCGAGCCCUGCUCGACCCGCCCUAAUCCCUUCGACGACCAAGACGUUCUUUCCCGAAAACGGCGACGCACCUCCCUGGCCAGCGACUCGCGAAGUCGGUCGGCCGAGACGCUCGAUUCUUCCCCAAGCUCACCCGUCGUGGUUACAUCAACCCCCGAGCUUCCGAGCGACUCUGCCAUGAAGAUCGACUCGGAGCCCAUCAUCCCCACGACCCCCGAAAGACAGCAGCGCCCUGCUGUUGAGCCUACUUCAGAGCAGCGAUCUAGUCGCGUCACGAUAAACGUGCGGACGCCAUCCCGACCGCUCGAAGCGAUUCCUCCAUCCCCUCCGUCUCCCUCCCCCGACCCCCGACCCGUGGAUUCUACCCCACUAUCCGUCGCAUCCUCCCCCGAUGUUGUCAAAACGAGCGUGGAAGAGGCUGAUUCCACCAUGCCAAUAAACGGCGAGUCGUUGGAGGCUCCGACCUCGCCAAGGUCGGAUAGCGACAGCCCGCCGGUUGAGGUCGUUUCUGUCAACGAUGAAGAUGACGCCGAUUUCGACGACGACGACGAGUCGAUCACCAUGUUGGAUGAACCCGGUCGGUCUUUGGAAUUCGACCCUUCACAGGGAUUCCCAUUUCACGAUGCUACGGAAUCGUAUUUUGAGACGGUGGUUCGGUUAUUGCAGUAUUUGCCAACGCACGAGCAAGUACCUCGAUCCUUCAUCGAUUGGAUAGACAAAUACGUCAGUUUUGUCAGGACUGCCUCUCCCCGGGCUAUAGACGAGUCCUACCUGUUGUACCGGGAUAUGUGGCAGUCUGUGCCUCAGCUGAUUCUUCACAUGGUAAAUCGAAAAUCUAUUUACCCCCGUUCAAAGGAGCUGCGUCAUGAGAUCUUUUCUUUCUACCGCUCUUUCGCGCGGUUGACGGCCAUCUUCCUCGACAUCGACCUUCGAAUCAUCCGAAACCCAAGUUUGGACGACCAGGCACGGCUCCAAGCGCUAGCUUCACCGCCUUACAUCCAUGCGCUUGGGGCACUUACACGGCGGGAAGAGGUAGUCAUGCACAGUUCCUCGCCGCACUUCCGCAAUGGGGACGAAGACUGGAGCUAUAUCUCAGAGGUCCUUACGAUCAUCGACGCUUUCCAAACUUUCCCUUCAGUGCAAGGUGGCUCCCUCUACAACAUCCGCCAGUUGGCUGCUCUCGAGGCUCGUGUGGCCUCCCAAGCCCCUAGACUGGCGAUGGACCACCUUGGGAAUAUGUGCCUUAUCUCGGGCAUCAUCUUGAAAUACCUCUUCCGCACGGCGCAGUACGCUGGCCAGCCGCUCGACCAGAACGCAGCGCGAACCUUAGGGCGUAUGUAUGCCUUCUUCAACGGCAUGUCGGCCAUUUUCUCAGAAAUGGUUGACAAGAGCUUGAAUCAGCUGUCACCCGAAGGCUCCGGAAACUUGAUCGAAGGGUUGACGGAGGUCUACCAGACUUGUCUUUCUGUCGACGGUGCCGUCCCGGCUGAAAUUUUCACUCGCCAUUUUGAGGCGUACCCAAAAUUCCCAGCUCAGUGCGCCCCCGAGGCAAUAUCUCUCCACUGGAAAUUCACGCAUUUCGUCAAGCUCAUACGGUCCGGGCAGAUGCAGUUGCGAGUCAUGGCCGUCAGUACUAUGUGUAGCGACUUGGUUGCUCUCUAUCGCAAGAAUUCCGACCCACUCGGCGAGGAAUCCACUGCGAUUCUUCAUCGCUUUGUUGCCGACUUCCUUCUCAGCACUGGACUGGUGACUUAUAUUCUCGGCCCAACGUGUCACCCCGAGAUUACCCUUGAGAGCAGCAAUAUCAUUGGCUUUCUGGUUGUCACGCAGACCUAUCUAAAGGCGCAUACCGAUAUCCUUUGGCAAACUGUCACGUCCACGCAAGACCCGCGGGUAUCGGAUGCGCUUCUCCGCAUGAUUGGCCGCAUUGCGAAUCUCUACGCCGAGGAGUCACUAAUGUAUUUCCUGGAGAAGCUGAGCACGGUGCCCGUGGAAUCCUUCGGCGCUGGAAUGCGAGAGUUUUGUGAUCAGGUUCUCAAACAGAUCCUUACUCGGUUCCCGGACAGCCUACAAACCGAGUCCACACCGUUCGACCUCUUUAUCCGCCUCAUUCGCCACUCUUCAAAGCUCGGAUCGCAGUCUCAAGUGGCCUACCCGGACAUUCAGCAGUUCGCAAUCCAAAAAUUUGACAUCCUCUUGGGCAUCGGGCCCGGCGAGGAAGGCCGCGUGAGCAUCUACCUCGAUUGUCUGGCCGACAUUGCCGCAAAGUCCCCCUUCACAUUGGGGAGUUUGUGGGUCCUCAAGUUGACAAUUCGGCAAUACCAAGCCCGGGACAUGCACCGAUUAACUUCCCAGCAUGAGCUGUCUAAGCUCCUCGUUGAUGAACUCGCCGCCGCCAUCCCGGCCGUGAAAGCUGCGGGGUUUUCGGCGGCCCUCAGCGGCCCUCAGAAUGCGCCUCGGAAGGAUAUGAUCAUUUCAUUGAUCUUCCAGGAGCCCACAUCGAUUACGGAGGAGCUCGGGCCAAAGCUGUGGAAUUUGCUUGUUGGUCCAGAGGCGGCUUGCCAGGAGGACCGUGACUCCGCCUGGCAAAGCUUGUCGGUUGCGAUCAAACGAAGCAUGGGUGAAAAUCCCUUUGCUUUGCUGUGCUUCGCGGAGUACCUUCCAAAAUUGGAUCCCAAGUUUUUUUGCAAGGGCACACUCGAGUUUGUCAAAGAAGGGGUACUACCUCUUGUGGAUGAGCCUAAUUCCAUUAUUCUCGAUGACGAUGAGAACCCGAACCACUCUGGCAUCGAGAAAUUGUGGCGAGUCGCCCUGACUGCGCCUAAGGGGACAGUGGAGACCGACGCUAUUCAUGCGCUAGCUAACGAUGUUUACAUUGAGAGCCGAUCCAUUCAAUCGUUCCCUCCGUACAGGGCUCGAAAGGUACAUCUAGCACUGGUCGACCGGUGCCUGCGACAGCUCUCCUCGGCAGCUACGAAGCUGAAGAGCUUUGCGAACGGCGUCACCACCGGGGACGAUGACGACUCCAUGGCGAUUUCUGCGAGUGAUGAACAAGUCCAGGAGCAAGAACUGCUUUUUUCCCGUUCCCUGGCGAUCUUGAGGGAAUUCCACAACCUCCACAAAUCAAGGCCGGAGUUUGCUGCGCCUUAUGUGAAAUCGCUCAUGCUGGAGACUCCCAAGGAAGUAGAAGGCGAGUUGGCGGAGCUCAAAUAUCAGUCAUUCGACGGCACCAGCCAAACAAAGAUCAUGCCUCUCGCCAUUGGGAAGCGUAACACGGCCGCUUCGCUACUUGCAAGCCUUCGCGACGUCACAGGAUUUGACAGUUACCGGAUCUACUACCGCGGCAGACCGUUUGUCCCUCGGGUACACGAUAUCUGCAGGUCUCUUGAGGAUCUCCGCAUCGAAAAUGGCCUAAUUCUCGUCAAGAAGGAGGCCGAAGGGCCCGCCUCACCACGGGUACCGCAAGGCGCAUCCCCGGUGGAGAUUGAGAUUCUGAGCCAUUUUGAGGAGCUGUGGGACUAUCUCUCGUUGGAUGAGAAGCUUUCUCGCGAGAUAUACGGGUUCCUGAUCAAGCUUCCUGCUGAUGUUAGUAUCCUGGAAGCUAUCGCGAACCCCGCCGUAUCCUACGCGGACACUUUUUCCUUGGGCCAGCCACUCAAAUCGCUCUACGCUGUGCAUGCUCUCAGAGAGUAUCUUGACUCUUGGCGGCCGAAGUCGUUCUCCGGAUUGCCCAAGAAAAAGUUGCCGGGGACUAUGACCGAUACGAAUCCCAGCCUACGCUCGGCUGCUUUGAUCCGGGCCAUGUCUUUGGUCGUUUCAGCCAUCUCUGACCCCCAGAUUGUCGCGCAAUGCCCGACUCAGGAGCUGCAAAUCGACAUUGGCUCUUCCCUUGUGGCGCUGUUUGUUUCUCUGCUACAAGAACCCGAGCUUCCUGCGUUGGUUGGCGAAUCUCUCGACGGACCCCUUCUGGAACGCCUCCUCGCGAUUCUUUCGGUGGCGGCGACAUCGACCGCUUCGUCAGAGAUUGCCAUCAAACACAUAUCACUUUGCCUGCAGGGACUUCUGGAGUCUUGCUGCAAGAGUGACCUUUUUAUGGCCGCGUUCACGGCUCACCCGGAUGUCCCUCGUAUUGUUGGAAAUCUCCUGCUCCAUGAUUCGCGGGACCUUGUCAGACAGACAACAGCCAUCCUCAUCCGAGACAAGACUUCCACGGUGGCUGAAGGUGAAAGACUCCCCGUAAGGGUUCCUGAAACAGUCUCAAAGUUCAGGGAGUUUUUCUGGCCUCUAAUCUCGCAGCUCGUCAGGCCGGCAAUGGCCAAUCCCGCGAACUCAACAGAUACGCUCGACUUAUGCUUUGACAUGCUCCAGACCCUUGAAGACGCCCGAACCGAAAUCCCGAAUCUCAAGCAGCUUUCGAACGAUUGGUUCCUCCAACUUCUUCGUUACACCACAUUCGAGGAUCUCACGAAGCCAGCCGAGACUGAUAUGAUUGCGGCUGGCAUGAUCCGGCUUGUGCAUGUCAUUGUGUGCAGGAGCAGCGAGAGGGCCGGACGGGAUAUUCUCCCCUCCAGGGGCAUGGCUCGGAAAAUAUUCUGGAAGCACCUUUUCCCCCCUCGGGACGAGGUGGCCAGGGCGAUUGGACCAAGCCAGCCUAUUGCCUGUCCCCAAACUCGGGGUUGGCUCAUGGAGAUUAUAUUCACGCUCGUCAAAGACGAUCCUACCCAGUACAUGUGGCUUCUUGAGGACAUGGAUGAACUAGUUCCAGUCUUCUUCAACCAAGACGGCGAACAUUAUGCAUAUGAACUCCCGCAGCAAUUUGAUCGGUCAAAGGCUAUUAGGGCGGCCUGCGGCUACUCUGGUCUACGGAAUUUGUCCAACACAUGCUACUUUAAUUCUCUGUUGACACAGCUGUUCAUGAACGUGGACUUUCGCGAAUUUAUGUUGGGAGCUACCGUCCGAGACCGGCAAUAUGGCCAAAAUUUGCUGUUCCAAACUCAGAAGUUGUUCGCAUUCAUGCAGGAGAGCGUCCGGCCUUUCAUCAACCCCGAGGAAUGUGUCGCCAGCAUCAAGACCUAUGAAGACACCCAGAUUGAUAUUGUCAUUCAGAUGGAUGUCGAUGAGUUCUACAAUCUGCUUUUUGACCGUUGGGAAGGCCAAUUUGUCGUGAGCGACGAGAAGAACCGCUUCCGCGCGUUUUACGGGGGUCAGCUUGUCCAGCAAGUACGCUCUCAGGAGUGCGAGCAUGUCUCGGAGAGGCUGGAACCUUUCUCGGCCAUCCAGUGUGACAUCAAGGGCAAGACAUCGCUUGAGGAGAGCCUGCAGGCUUAUGUUGAUGGUGAAAUCAUGGAGGGCGACAACAAAUAUAAGUGUUCCACCUGCGACCGCCACGUCGACGCCGUCAAAAGAGCUUGCUUGAAGGAUAUUCCCGACAACCUCAUCUUUCACCUGAAGCGCUUUGACUUCAAUCUUCGAACCAUGCAGAGAAGCAAGAUUAACGACUAUUUUGCAUUCCCAGACAAGAUCGACAUGCGGCCGUACACCAUUGACCACCUCAGCAGCCCUGAUGAGGAAAAGCCCGAGGACGUGUUUGAGCUCGUCGGUGUUCUUGUUCAUACGGGCACAGCAGAGUCCGGGCAUUACUACUCGUACAUCCGCGAACGCCCUAGCAGCGGUGAGGUCCCGACGUGGGUUGAGUUCAACGACGAAACGGUCACGCCCUGGGAUCCGGCAUCGAUGGCGAACUCCUGCUUUGGCGGCCAAGAUUACCAACCCCAGUUCCAGGCAAACAGUGCCGUGUUCGAGAAGCAGUACAGUGCCUACAUGCUGUUCUACCAGAGGUCAUCAUCGCUUGCCAAAAACCAAGCUUUGCAGAGCCAGGGCUGCUCAAUUCCAUUGGGUGUGAAGAUGCCGGAAGACAUGCACGAGUUCAUCCAAGACGAGAAUGCUUGGCUGCUUCGGAGACACUGCCUGUUCGACCCCUCACAGAUCCAAUUUGUGUCGUUGGCUCUUUUCCAGCUGAAGACCCUUAACUCGAAUCGCUGCUCGGCCGACCAUACUCUGGAAGGGCGGGCCAUCGCCAUGGCUCUCAGCCACUUGGACCAAAUUGCUUCGCGAACCAAAGACGUCCCCGACUUUUACGCCCUUAUCAGUCGCCUACAAGCCAUGUGUGAAAGCUGUUCCCACUGUGGACUCGCAGUGCACGACUAUUUCACCAAAUGCACCUUUGCUUUCCGUAUGUUGGUUCAAAGGAAUCUUGAUGAAGAUGUCCGGCAGGCCACAGCUAGCUUCUACAUCCAAGUCCUCCGGUCGAUCAAAGAACAAGACCCCGCGCAAUACUACGGCCCCGAGCUAGAUGUCGAUGGCGGAGACGACGUGGACGAGCUCGACCCGCAGGCGUCCGUCAUUGGGGGGGUGAUCCAUAUUAUGGAACACUUAUGGCAGGGGUUUCACAUGAACUUGCGCUCGUGGCAAGAGGUGUUUGAUUUCAUGCUGUCGUUUGUCCGGCUAGGACGCCAGGAGCUCUCAGCCUUCUUGCAGCAUCAAAGCUUCUUUAAAUGGCUCCUCUGGAUUAUUUGGGCGGAUACCAACGCUGAGCCCUUCUUACCCCCGCAGUUUGCCAAGUUGGUGAACGUCAUUGCUCGUAGGACACCCAACCGGCCGCCUGCUUACGAAACGAUCAUCGGGUUGUUAGACUUUGUGCUAGCACACGUGCGACUGCUGCCCAGCACCGAGUCGAGUCCUGAGGGAACGGGCGAUAGCGACGAUGAAGACGUUCCUACCACAGACCCAGAACCGUUGUUUGAAGUCCCAGCCGAAGAGGCCCGCAUCCUCCAGCGGAUGGGCCCCAACACGAUCCCCGUCAACAUCUUUGUGGACCGGCUCAUCACGAUCUCGCAGAACCAGGAAGCUACGCAUUCGAUCAUUGCAAAUCUGAUGAAACAGAACGUGGCCAUGGAGUCUAGCGUGUUCCACACCCUGGUCCAUCGAAUUACGGGACAGAUCGGCCACCACGUUGCGCCAUACCUUCACAUUGCCGGCACGGUGUUCUGUCGUGUGUCGCGCAGCAAAAAGAGGAUCAAUGAUUUGGUCCAACACAUCUCACGGCAGUGCCGCGCAUUGAAUAAUGCUGAAGGCAAGGCUUUCUUGCAGUUUCAGCGGGAAAUCUUUGAUGGCCCACGUGAGAGGACGGGGCAGACGCCGCACGAGGUCAUCAUGGACGGACUCGACAACAUUCCCGAGUGGGCCCCGGGAUUGCUUGGAUACUUUGACACGUCAGUCGUUGACGGCACAGAGGUGUUCCUUCAGGAGCGAAUCUUUCAAUACCGCACCUUCCAGCCGCCGCCGGAAGAGGAGACGGAAGAAUCACGCAAGAUGGCUGAUAAACUGAAGGAGACGGCGAGGUCUCUUGGCUUGAAAUGCUUGUAUUUCCUGCGCGAUACCUACGUCGCCCGUAAUGCGGACGUCUCGGAGCGCGCUGUGAUCGGCCUACAGCGGGUGAUCAAAAUUUGCAGCCGGUACUUCAACCUUAAGGAGCCAACUGAGGACCCGGAGGCGACCAAUUUUAUGGAGCUUAGCCAGAGCGUUAUGGACGCACUGGCCGGAUUGAUGGUCGUCGACGAGUUGGAGGAAGACGGCUCGGGUAUGUACUACAGUGACGACUCGAGCGUUGCCUCGAGCAACACAGCCGGCUGA